AUACAUAUUAAACAAGCUCAUAAGAUGGUCUCAAUGUGUUAAUUUUAGUUAACCCUUUAAAUUUUGCUUCAUCAUCAAUAUUUUCCAUAUAAUCAAAUAAAGUGUUAAAUUGUACAAUUUGCGGAUAUAAACCCUUUUUAAUUCUCUAGAACAAGAUCUACUCUUCAAAUCUCACCAAUCACCACUUCAAACUGAAUCAUAACUUCGGCGAUUUCGUGAGGAACAAGUCCGUCGCCGUCGCCGUGGCUCUCGCUCUCACUGUCUUCAUUCGCUACACUUAAAUUGAGACAAAGCUGAAUCAAAUGGACGAGCUAAAGACAGCUAUGAAUGAGCACAUGGAUCAAAUGCAAGAACUUGUUGAGAAAAUUUCAUCUGAGCUUCGAAUUGGAAUGCAACCAGCAAUGGAUAACUUCAUUGGCUUCUUUCAUGCCAUUGAUUGGAAGGAACCAUGGUUAGUGGGGUUGAUGGUGUUCCACUUUGUGACACUUAUAAUAAUCCUCACUUCAAGGAAGAAUAUCAAUUUUCAGAUGUCCCUUUUCCUUCUGUCAUUGGUUGGUGUGUAUCUUGCUGAAAGACUAAACACAGUUUUGAGUGAUAACUGGAAAAGCUUUGCUGGUCAAAAUUAUUUUGACCGCAAUGGAGUCUUCCUCUCUGUGCUCUGGUCUGGUCCUCUUCUUGUUUUCUCAUUGAUCAUUCUGGUGAACACACUGUUUUCUUUAUGUCAACUUAUGGUGAAGUGGAAAAGAGCAGAACUCAGGCACCGAGCUAAACUUUCUACCACCAAACAGGAUUGAUGUUCAUGAUUUCUAUCUAGCCUUUUAGGGGUAGUUGUUACUUCAUUAAUCGUUAAUGGUGUAGAUUUUUACAUACUUUUUUUAAUCAUGUUUUGGAAGAUUUCAGUUUGUUGCUUAUAUUAUAUUUAUAUGUUUUUCAUACACAAAUUGAAGUUCACCCCCUCCGCUUCUUUUGUUGUGAUAUUGGUUUUGCAAUUAAUGGGUCAAAAGAGGCUUUGGUAGUAGAUACGUAUGUCCACUUUUUUGUAUUUUAUAUAGGGUAAAGCUUAGAAAACAUGAAAAAUCCAACGUAUUACCAUUUGAUGCUUAAAAACAUCAUUAUGUUAUUUUUGUGUGUAUUAAAAUCAUUAUAUGAUGUAAAUAAAUGACUG